CUUAGAGGAAAACAAAACAAAUAAUCAAAUAUGUUUUACUAUGUGUUUAUUCUUCUCUCUUUAGCUCUCUUUCUAGUAGCUUACAAAUUCAUCUUCACGUCCAAAAAGCAACGUCUCAACCUCCCUCCAUCUCCGCCUUACGCUCUCCCCAUCAUCGGCCACCACCUCCUCAUCAAACCGCCGGUACACCGUCUCUUCAACCGCCUCUCAAGUACCUACGGCCCAAUCUUCUCCCUCCGAGUUGGCUACCGCCGCACAGUCGUGAUAUCCUCCUCCUCACUCGCAACAGAAUGCUUCACGGGCCAAAACGACAUCCUCUUAUCAAACCGGCCUUGUUUCUUAACCGCAAAACACGUCGCAUACAACUACACAACCGUUGGAACUGCUCCUUACGGCGACCACUGGCGUAACCUCCGCCGUAUCUGCUCCUUAGAAAUCCUCUCCUCCAACCGUCUCACCAACUUCCUCUAUAUACGCAAAGACGAAAUCCAACGUAUGCUCACGAGACUCUCACGUGAGGUCGUCAACAAAGAGUUCGACCUAGAGCCUCUGUUGUCUGACCUAACGUUCAACAACAUCGUGAGGAUGGUCACAGGGAAGAGAUAUUACGGAGACGAAGUCCAUAAUGAGGAAGAAGCGAAUCUUUUUAAGAAACUUGUAGGUGAUGUUAACGACAGCAGCGGCGCGAGGCACCCCGGAGAUUACUUGCCUUUCCUCAAGAUUUUCGGAGGGAGCUUUGAGAAGAAAGUGAAAGCUGUUGGAGAAGCCAUGGAUGAGAUCUUGCAGCGUUUGCUUGAUGAGUGUAGAAGAGACAAAGACGGUAACACAAUGGUUAAUCACUUGCUCUCUUUACAACAACAAGAGCCAGAGUAUUACACUGACGUCACUAUCAAAGGCUUGAUGCUGGGCAUGAUGAUUGCUGGAACAGAAACCUCUGCCGUAACUCUAGAAUGGGCGAUGGCGUGUUUGCUAAACCAUCCAGAUACACUAGAAAAAGCAAGACUAGAGAUCGACGAGAAAAUCGGGCAAGACCGUUUGAUCGAUGAACCAGACUUACCAAACCUACCUUACCUUCAAAAUAUCGUGUCCGAAACAUUCCGGCUAUACCCUACAGCGCCGCUUUUAGUGCCAAGAUUGACGAAUGAAGAUAUCAAAGUCGGAGGGUACGACAUUCCACGUGGCACGAUGGUCAUGGUGAACGCGUGGGCUAUACACAGAGAUCCAAAUCUCUGGAAUGAGCCGGAGAAGUUCAAACCGGAAAGGUUUAAUGUUGGAGAAGGAGAAGAAGACGUUCAUAAGCUGAUGCCGUUUGGGAAUGGACGGAGAGCGUGUCCCGGAGCCGGUUUAGCGCAGAGGAUAGUGACAUUGGCAUUAGGGUCAUUAAUACAAUGCUUUGACUGGGAAAAAGUCAACGGAGAAGAGAUAGACAUGACAGAGAGUACGGGGAUGGCGAUGCGUAAGAAAAAGCCUUUACGAGUCUUAUGUCGUUCUCGGCCUAUUAUGAAUAAACUUCAGGCUCAUUGAGAUGGUGUGUGAAAGCCAUAUAUGAAAUGUACCUCGAAUAAAUUGGAAUCUACGUUCUGCUUAUUUAUAAUGAUUAUAUACUCCCU